AGCCGGUUGCCAGGUGACAGUCGGGAUCAACAUUCCAGAGGAGCAGAGCCUGAUUCCGGAGCGAGUUGCGGCCACAACGCCUGCAAACUGAACUCAAUCAUUUCCCAAUUGUCCGCUGCGACUAUAAAACAAACUCAUUAUGCAGGCAGUUCUCCAACCUUUAAGACCUGUAUAUAAGGGAAAGUUCACCGAUACGGAUCCCGUGUUAUGUACAGCGGGGAAAUUAGUGCCUAUUACUGGAAGCGUUUCGAAAUGUCUGACUGAAAUUCAGCCCAGGCCUAUUACACCACCCAGGGUAAAAAAGUUUUUCAAUUAUUGGAAUCCCAAACCUGGUGCUGCCACUAUUUUCUAUGGCAAAGCAAAUGAUCCUGAUGUUGCAUCAUCGUUGCAACAUGGAGUUUCUACCAAAUCCUCUAAUUCUGUUGCAUCAUUGAUAAAUCCUCCUAUCAGGACACGGGUUGAGCACAUAUUUGCAGACAAAAUUACUGCAGCUUACCCGAGCCAUCAACGAGCUCCACUGGGAAAGUCUCACGAUCAAGCACCGGGAUUACCUGAAGGACUAGAUAUAUACAAUACUACAUUUGGGAAAAGAAUACUCAAAGAUAUCACUGCUGGAGAGCUUAUAAACCCACCAAAGACUCGACAACAAAUUAAUGAAGAAUCGCUAAAAGGGCAUUCGCUGUAUAGGACAACGCAUAAUGAUUACAUCACUGGGGAACAGGUGGAUAGAAAGUACGAUUGGUCGAGAAUCAACAAAGACAGUGCAUUUGGUAUCGAGACUCCUUAUUUCAGUGAUGGAAGAAUGACAGCAAAAUCAUUGCACUGGUUAACAGAAAUGCAACUGAAACAAUCUGCAAGGAUAGUGUCAAAAAAAAUUGAUGACUUCAAAGAAAAAACACACCCUCAAGUUGGAAAAGUCCUUGAUCCAAUUGCAGAUACCCGCAAGGUUCCUCCUGAUCACACGUUCGGUGCUCUACUGCAUCCCGAUGAGUAUGGUGUUGGAGAUCUUAUUUACAAUAAGACUCCUACCAAAUUUAGUCGAGAGAAUGACAGGGAAAAAGGGACCUUAACAAUACUUCGCCAGCAUUUGAAAAAAAUUAACUUUCAGAAUUUCAAAUCACUUCUUGAAGCUUUUCGACAUUAUGACAAAAAUGGUGAUGGCAAGAUCGACCAAGAAGAACUACGAGAUGUCCUGUCACAGUUUAACCUGAAGUUAGACCCCAAGAUAAUGGAUGACUUAUUUGACUACUGUGAUUUAGAAGGGGUUGGCGCCAUCAACUUCUUACAGUUUGCAAAUUUUCUGAAUUGGAAAGAUAAAAUGCCUAUUGGAGAACAAGAAGAAAAGAUAAUUACAAAAGGAAAUGCAACAAACGAUGAUGGCUGUGGGCUAGUAGCACAUGAAGAUAUUGUACCAUUAGAAAUUGGUAGCUCAGUCAAGACACUCAGAACCAUAACUAGAAAGGAAGACAAGUCUAAUGGCCACUAUAGCAAAAGCUCUUCAUUGAUCAAUGCUGUUGUUGGUAAUUACUCACCAGAAGAUUUUCCAACCCUUGGUGUACCUACUAUUCGUACUGAUUUAGCAGCUCCUCGUUUUCGCCGUAUUAGUGAUACAAUUAACUAUGGUGAUGAAGCAACUGCUACUGCCUUGCUAAAUCCUUCUAUCUUUGCUCAAAGACAAGUUUAUGAGAAAGACAUGUUUUUAGGCAGGUCUAAAGAAGAGAUGAAGCAAAUAUUUUGUAAGGCUGGAGUGGAUAUGACCAGGGGGACCUUUGAAGAGGUAUGGAGGCGUGCUGCCAUGAAACAUUUAACGGGAGAGGUGUCCGUAGAGACAUUUCGUGAGAUCCUGGACGAGACUCAGAUAUCAGAGACUUUAACCUGUUAAACAUUUAUAAUUUCUUCAAGGAAUUUAAGAUUUAAAAAGUUAAAUGCAUCAACUUUUGCAAUUUGUUUCUGAAAUGUUAGAACAGUUUCAAAAUUUCAAGUUGAGGCACAAAUUUUAACUCCGUUUUUUUGUCAGCUUAUUCUGGGCACAACAUUGAUAACAAAUACCUCUCAAUAUGCUGACUAAAGUAGUUGUAACAUUCUCAAUUAAAACUUUUUAUUGUAGUUGUGGUCCAAAAAAUAGUCAGAACUUGUCAAACGUUAUCAUGCAGUGAGUGUCUGUGACAUUUAUAUAAUGUUUUUAAAGUAGGAAUAGAAAUAAUGGUCUUUCACAUGAAAAUAUUAAAAUAUCUCUAUAA